CACUUCACUAUUCCUUCCCUUAAACCCUUCUAUAAAUGAAGCACCACUCCACUCUAACCCUCCAAAUCCUUCCACUUUCUCUCCCCUCAUUACUCUCCCCCUUUCUUCACAAAAUCAUGGGCAAUCUCUCUCUUCCUCAUGCAUUCUUUCUCUCUCUUCUAGUCCUAUCACUUGCUACCUUCUUCACUGCUACUGCUACUACUGAUAAUGAGCUCAACACCCUUCCUUACGCCCUCCCCUCCUCCGCCCCUGCCGCCGCCCCCACCCACCACCACCACCACACUCUCUCUCCUUCCGCCGCCCCUUACCACCAUCACCACCACCACAACAAAUCUCACUCACCUUCCUCCGCACCCGCACCCGCACCCGCCCCAACCCACCACCACAAUCAGUCUCACUCCCCUGCCUCCGCUCCCACUGCCCACCACCACCACCACCACAACAAGUCUCACUCUCCUGCCUCCGCCCCCGCGCACUCACCAGCUAAGUCCCCGUCUUACCCGCCAACAAAGGCGCCUGUUCCAGCUCCUGCUCCUCAUCAUGUAAUGCCGCCUAGGAAGUUGGUGGCUGUUGAAGGUGUUGUUUACUGUAAGAAUUGUUCUUAUUCUGGUGUUGCUACUCUCACUGCCGCCUCCCCUCUUCCUGGAGCAAAGGUGGAGCUAAGAUGCAGGAACACAAAGUACUUGAUAAAGAAAGAAUCAACAACGGACAAGAAUGGGUUCUUCUUUCUUGAGGCCCCAAACCACAUCACCACUUAUGGGGCCCAUAAAUGCAAGGUCUUUCUAUUAGAAAAGCCCAAUAACAGUGGGCCAUGCUCCCAUGCAACCAAUCUAAAUGGAGGGAUUUCAGGGGCAUUCCUCUUCUUUAACAAAACCAUGGCCCCACCACCUAAGCCUUUGCCUUACUCUCUCUUCACUGUGGGUCCCUUUGCUUUUGAGCCUUCCAAGUGUUACAAACACUAGAAAGGGAUAUUUUUAAAAAAAAAAAAAAGUUUAAAUAUUUGAAAAGUGAAUUAUUUAGUUCCCCAUGCUUUUGUUGGUUUUUAUGAACGUCUAUUAAUGUAAUUUGUUUUAUGUAACGUUUUAUAUUUAUCUACUUAUCGUAUGCACUAUGCAGUAGAGAUUGGAAAGAGAAAAGAGAGAGAGGAUGAGUUCAGUUGUGUCAGGUGUAUUUCAGUAUUGUUUUAUGUGUUUUAGCGAGGAAGAAUAAUAACAUGGCAAAGAUGCAUGAUUAUUACUCACUUGUGUAUGGUUACUUUGAAAUUUGAAAGUGAUAUUAAUGUCAAAUGUUGUGGAAUUGGAAACAA